UUGGCUUUUAGGCAGAAUAAAAAUUCUAAAAUACGACAAUCGGCGGUAAAGGGUUAAGCGCGAAACAUUAUAAAUAAUUUAUUUAUUCCAUUAGUCCAACAACAAUUACAAAUAAUGAGACAACUCCGUGUUAUAAACAAGUGGUGGUGAUGGUGGAAGUAAUUUUUUGUGUUGGCGGUUUUUGGUAAUUCACAAUUUCAGAUAUAUUAUUUUACACACACGAGAAGUGAUCUGAAAUACUGCCUUCAACCUGUUAACAGCGACAGGCGAAGGCCUUUGAGACAUACAUGUAAGUGAAGUUAAAGGUAAGUUGAUGAAACAAUAAUUACACGGGAAAUUACUUAAUAUGUUCUAUUUGGUGAUGAUUACCAGCAGCUCCAGGCGAGACGCGAUGUUAUAUAAGAGCCUGUUAGCCCGUCACCACCAGUGGUCCCUGGGAUGGUGUCCAGUGAAGAUGACGGCCCUCGUUUUCUGUUUUGUUCUCUUCGGGUGGGCUACUACUGUCAUGGGCAGCCCGGUGGAAGACCAGGACUUACAGGAAUCGUCAUGGGCUUCCUACGGAUGGGCUGAGUCUUGGAGUAAGACCCACACACCAGAGAAACGCUCAUCGCAGGACCAACGGCAUGACCAUCCACGCGUGAACCAUCGACGUCGCCGUCAGCAGCCGUUGCUGCUGUACGCCGUGUGGGAGGAGCCUCCCUUGCUCGUGAAGGAGGCCAUCACAUCCGAGGAGGCGGCCUGGGUUCCUGAAGAAGCUCCUCUGGAGACCAUCAAGGAGAGUUACGCAUUUGGUUCCAGGCAGUUUGAUCACAACUUCGGACGGUCUCCUGCCUUCAUUGUGGAAACAGUGGAUGUGUACGACGCACCGGCUCAACCACGCCCAGACACACCACACCUGCCUCCACCAAGCCUAGACACACCACACCCGCCUCCCUCACACCCACCGCCCCUAGACACCCAGACACUCAGAACCCCAUACCAGGCACCCCAGUAUCCCGUCCACCAGCCCAGGCACGACCCCAGACCCAUCCCAUACCACGGACGGCCCCGUAAGUACUACCUGACGGGAGUGAUGGAGGAGCUCCCCAGGGACACAAGCCACGUCCACCGCCACUUUAGGAAGUACUCUCUACACUCGGGCACUGGUGACGCAGAGGACGAGGGUUUUCACAACGAAAUUGAAGACCCAGUUUACAAGGUUGAUGUACAGGACGCCAGCAGCCCGCCAACAGGAUUUACCGACAUUGAAGCCGGACUCCCAUCUGCCCCCAAACCCCCUCCCCACAGUCUCCCUGGGACCUCAGAAAACCUCCAUAAUACCCCUACAUCUCAAGAUAAUCCAAAAACUACAUACUACUCUCCAUACUAUCCCCCCGGCGGGUUGAUUCAUCGCCCAUUCUACCCUCCACCACCCGCCAGAACUCACUACCUUCACCGACCACCUCCUCCACAAUACCCCCGUCCACACUAUCCCACCACCUCUGCCCCUUUCAGGAAAUACUACCUCCGUAAUAACUCAGCCACUCACGAUGACGGGACACAAGAUGCGCUGGAGGAGGAGGAAGAGGAAGAGGCGCUCACUUCACUAGACUUGAGUUCAUUCGAGGUUUAUGAAUUGCUUCGUCUACAUGAUAGCAGAGAAUCCAAAAGCGAGUGACGUCAUCUACAUGCACAACACGAGAUCCUUCCAGCGUAUUCCUGGUAAUCCUAGCUUCACCUGACCUGUUUCUGGGAAUCCUAGCUUGAUCCCAGUUCCCAUUUCCUAUUUCCUCCCCCAAUUCUUAGUUCCCCCACCAGUUCCUAGUUCCUCUACCAGUUUCUAGUUUCUCCCCAUUUUCUAGUUCCCCGUUCCUAGUUCCUCCACCAGUUAAUUAAUAGUCACCAUUGAUGGGAACAGAAUUAUUUUCUUUAACCACUACUGACGGUGAGGUGAAGGGGGAACUUUAUAAUCUUUGACAACAGACAUUUUUAUUCCUAUUUUUCUAGUCAUUUGGAGGAACUAUCAAAACCAUCUCGGAACUCUGAAUUUCUUAAGUACGAUGACUUUACCUGUUGAGUACAAUGACUUGAUCUUUUGAAUAUAAUGACUACCUCUGAGUACGAUGACUAUCUCUUGAGUACAAUGAAUGACUAUCUUGAAUACGAUGAUUUGAGCCCUUGAAUACAAUUAUUUAACCUCUUGAGUACAUUGAAUUAAACUAUUGAAUACAAUAACAACCCAUUGAGUACGAUGGCUUAAUCUUUCGAGUACGAUGACUUAACUCCUGAAUACUGUCCAUCUUACUCCAGGUAUAGGUCAUCGUAUUCAAAGGGUUAAAACAUGGACGUGAAUGUCUUAUAAGUAUUCUGGAAAUAAGGAUCACACUCAAAGGGUUAAAUUACCAAGACAGACAGACAGACAUGAAUACCUUUUGGGAUUUUUUUUUACUAAUUGUAUAAACGUUAAAUAGAAUAAGAGCUUCUUUGUUUAUUAAUGAAGUUUGUCAUAAUUUGUUUACUUUUUCCUGGAUAAGAUUGUGUAAAUUGUGUAUAUUUUGUGAGUGUUUGUGUAAAUUCUGUGUCAUAUUAAUGAGUUUAUCCGAACAUGAAUGUAUGGCGAUAAUUAAUUCUUCUUUUGUAUUUUCUCUUUUGUUAUUGUUAGCGUUGUUCUUUGUUAUAUUUUGUUGACAUUUUUUUUACUGUAAUAAACCGAAAAAAAAUAAUGACGUAGUAUUUUAUGUUGAACAAAUAAUAACACUGAAUUAAGUUACCUGAUUAAUCCCACCUCCCCUCCCAGUUCACUUCAACUGAUGGUUAAACACCUAAAUGAUACCUUUGAGUUAAGAUUAGACAAAUUAGACUGUGUUAAGUUAAAUUAGACUAGGUUAGGUUAAGUUAGAAUAGGUUAGGUUAAAUUAGACAAAGUA